AAAUCGCGUCUUCAAGCUGAAAUGUUCAAUGUUCUUAACUGAUUUUUGCUAUUCUCUCUAUAUACCUAGGUAACUACCUACCUACCCAGGUACGUAAAUGGGUUUGUAAUUUAAUCGCUAUUCAAUUAUCCUUCAGAAAGAAGAUAGCGUCUCCAUCCGAGGCGACUGAAGCCUAAUUUAUCCCCUCCGUCACUUUCAUUGCCCAUUCAGCAUCGCCAAUUUCAACGCCUUCUCGAGUGCGAAACUCUCCCUUUUCUUUUUCUUUUUUCUCUACUCGUUUCGAAUAGUAAUCGCCCACCUACCCUUACCUUAGUAUCAACCUUAUAAUUCAUAAAACCUACCUUAGGUAGUCGUAAUGGCUCCCGAGCUAAGCACCUUCGAGGCUCGAAGAAGAGCGAACGUUGUGAACAAUGCGAAACUCCUAAAAGACUCGGCCGAGGCCGCGGCCAAGAUGCGCAAAGCUGCCGCUCCGCCGCCGAGGGCAACUGCGCCCAAGAAGAGGAGAGCCGCCGAGCCAACUCCUCGUACCCGCGUUAUGCCCACGCGACAAAGUGCAAGACUGGCGGGAGCUGGUGCCGAAGCAAGUCUCAAGCUUGAAGAUAUCCCUGCCGAGUUGAAGCCGCCCGAACCCAAGCGCAUUCGCACAAGUGGCGAUCUACAACUAUCCAAUCUUCAAGUCGAAGGCCAGAGGUGGUCAAGCACCAAUGCUCUCGCCUCCUUCGUGCAGGGAGCCCAACCAGGCGUUCGAACAUUUACCGAGGAUGAUAUCAAGGAUACCUCAGACAGCAAGUUAAAAGACCUCAGGAAGGAGAUGAGUGAUCUUACGCUCUAUGACGGCUGGGUACCUAACGAUAUCAAAAUUACCCCUGAACGAGUGUAUUCUCUCACGUUUCACCCUAUACGGGACAAGCCGAUCAUCCUCGCAGGUGACAAGAAGGGCACCUUGGGCUUUUUCGACGCAUCGCAAGAGAAGCCCACCUAUCCCGAGGACGACGACGAAGACGUCGAUAUUCCUCUGCCUCAAGUGGGUGCCUUCGAAGUACAUAGUAGGACGAUCACUUCCAUAAAAGUGCCCAUAUUCGAUCCAAAUUCAGUCAUCACCAGCUCCUACGAUUCCUCGAUACGUUGCCUAGAUUUGCAGUCUCAAGUCAGCACCCAGCUAUGGCAGCCCGACGAUGAUGAUAUAGACAUGGGUAUCUCAUGCAUUGACCUAUCGCCCGAGGCCAAAGACACCAUCCUUUUCUCGACCCUCGAAGGCACUUUAGGGAGGUUCGACAGGCGUGCAAAGAGCAAAGCCGAUAUCUGGAGCCUGUCCGACAAUAAAAUCGGUGGCUUUUCCGUUAAUCCCCUCCUUCCUCAUCUCGUAGCGACAGCAUCGCUCGACAGGACACUGAAGAUAUGGGACCUGAGAAUGAUUAAAGGAAAAGGCGACCUUCGUCGUCCCGCGUUACUAGGCGAACACCAGUCUCGAUUAUCCGUGUCGCAUGCCUCGUGGAGCCGAGGCGGCUACAUAGCAACUUCGUCUUACGACGACACGGUCAAGGUCUACGACAUGACCGACGCCAUGAAGUGGAAGCCCGGCCAAGACCUCUCGGACGAGCAGAUGAAGCCGGCGCACGCGAUCCCGCAUAACAACCAGACGGGCCGCUGGGUGACUAUUCUGAAGCCGCAAUGGCAGAUCGACCCCGCGGACGGCGUGGAGAAGUUCGCCAUCGCCAACAUGAAUCGGUUCGUGGAUAUUUACGAUAGUCGAGGGAAGCAGCUCGGUCAGCUGGAUGGGGAAGGGAUCACUGCUGUGCCUGCGGUUGCUGAGUUCCAUCCUACGUUGAAUUGGCUGGCCGGUGGAACUUCGAGUGGAAAGCUAUGUCUUUGGAUGUAGGUGGUGGAGGAGAUGGUUUGGAAAAGCAGCGCAUGAUGGUUUAGGAAAUUCCAGGACGUGGAUAGGCAGGGUUCGGUAACUAUAACUUGGGCACUUGUACAUACUAUGAUAUUGCAUCUCAAGAUAGUGGAGCCAUGGAAGUGAUGUAUUUAGGGUAUAGGCGUAGGGGCGGCGUGGUUGGUGAGUUCCAAUUUAGCAAUGGACAACUAAAUUCUCUUCCAUAUUUAUAUAUCGGAUAGCAUCCACAGUGUGUGUUGCAGCAGAUAGCCAACAUGAACCUGAUCUAUACCUCUCAUAC